UUGGGUCCGCGCCGUUUGUGAUGUCGCGUUCGCUCAUUCGGCGGCGAAUCGCGUUACAGGUCCGAGCGCCAAUCAGAAGCUGAAGGCUUGGAUUCGAAAAUCCUUAACGUUUUUUUGGGGGUUUUGAAAAUGGUUGUUGUGGGAGCCAGCGGCGCGCGGUGUGCAUCAUUGGUGAUUCGAUGCUUCAAUAUUCAUGUAAAAAGAAGAACUUCAAGAAGGAAUAUAGCUCAAGUUGGAUGCUUUCCUCAGAUUUUUCAUCCAACAUGGAUAUCAAGUUUUUGAGACAUAGGGUUAGUGUUUUGAUCAUUUACAGAUCAUGUGCAAGAUGUAAAUUCCUGAUGUGAAGAACAGUGGAAGUGAAAAGGAAAAUAAUUAUAUUUUCAGUAUGGCAUCUGUUACUCCAUGCAAGAAGAAAGUUUUCAAUAACACUGAAAUGGACAAAGAACAGAAAACAACCUGGAAAGCAGUACCUCUUCAUCAGAUUCCAAAUGGUACCCCAUUAAAAGAGUUAAAUAAAUUUCAGUGUGGUUCAGCAAAUACUCAACGAGAGGAUAUCGACCCCAAGCCUCCAGCCACGUUCACUUUAAUCUCAUUAAAAAAUGUGAGAAAUCCUCAAGUGAAUGGUCAACUUCAGUCCACAGUCCUGGAAAAGGAAGGGACAUUUAAUGUAAUCCCUCCUGAACUCAGUGAUAUAAUAGAUCCUGAUUCCAGCUCCACACAUGUAAAUUUAAACCAGAGUUAUGUCAAAUCUCAUUUAAAUCCCAUUGGAUCUAAAUUGAUCAAACAAGUAGUCUCCGAGAGUCCUGCCAAAAUGUUCCAAAGAAUGAAAGGUAAACUUGACUGUGACCAUAUUCAGAUACCUGAAAAUCAGCAUCUUCAAACAUCCCAAAAAGCAACUCUUGGUAUGAAUGGGCCUAUCCAGUGCUCUGUUGCACCUGUGAAUGGAUGUGUCUUAGAAAACACGUUGUCAGUCCCCAUUCUGCCAGCUGGGUGCCAGUUUUCACAAAAGAAGAACCAUGUUCCUGUGAUGCAGCAAUCCCCAGCCAAAACCUUUUUACAAAUGAAACGAGAGAUUGAAUUAAGCAACCAACGCACUCCAUUAGCUUCAGUUAAACUUUCAGAACAUAAAGUGGGAUUGCUGCACAAUAACCAACUUGGAGCCAUAGUUUCGAUACCAAGAGUGCCAAACAAGCUAAGCACUUGUCAGCCCACAGAAAAUAUAGAGGCUCUGCAGAAAAGCGCAAGGAUAUUCACUGCUGACAGCACUGUCCAAAAACUUGAAAAUUGGAACACACUUUCUCUGAAAGAGGAUACUGAUAUUGGCAAUGAUGGUGACGAUGAAAGGUCUCGGGACACAGCAUUAAACACAGCAAAUUCAGUUGCUGCAGCUAACUAUACCAACUGUACAAGAAGUGAAAUCCAGGACAUGACAGAUUUGAGUGCUUCCUCCUUGAAAAAAUUUGUCCAUCCAGAUAUUGGAAAAAUGCAGACAAGAUAUAAGCAUUCUGAAAAAGCAAAUAAGGGUAUUGAAGAGUGUAAGGAUUUGUGUGCUAUCUUGCUGACAUCACCGAAGAUCAGUAUACCAAGAAGACAAGGAACAGAAGUUGUAAAAUCAAAAUCUGAUGAUGUUGAUAAUCCAAAAAGUAAAUCAGAAAAGAGGAUUACUCUCACUAAAUGGAUCAUCCAGCAGAUAAAAAGCAGCAAUGAGAUCUGUGUUGAAGGAAAAAGAGAUGCUGACGGAGUAUACUGGCAUAGUAAUGUAAUUACUGAACGAAUUAAACAAACAGAAGUGAAAUCUAUUACUGGUUCGAUUUAUGUUCUGAAAGGUCCAUUGGAUUAUGUUGCAAUGAAGAUCCAAGGAUUCUCCGAUUCCUUUUUAAAACACUUCUUCUUUGGUUUUCCAUUGGAUUGGAAGGAGUAUAUUGAAGAAUUCCUUGAAAGUAGGAGGGAAAAAACUAACAAUCCAAACACAAGAGAGACUAAAGAUGCCAGAAUUCAAAAAUUGCCUUCAGUGAAAUGCAGAAAACUACAAGAUAAUACAGCUUUAGCAGGUAACGUAGAUAAGACUCCAUCCACUAGAUACCAACUUGGUAAAGCGAGGAACUCAGCAAAGAAAGAAUGGACACAAAAGUCAAAAAAUGAAAUGGAAACAUCAAUGCAAAGAGGCACACUGACUAGCCGUAGUGGCCGUUACAUUAAAGCACCAUUGGAGUAUUGGCGGGGACAGCGUUUAAUUGUUGAUAAUACCUUGAACGUUACUGUCAUUGAGGGUGGAACUGAUUACUUGACUUCCAGCGCUCGGAAUAGUGCAAAAAUGAAUGCCAGAAAUGAAAAUUCUUUGAGGACCUCAAAUCAGCAGAAAAAACAAAAAGCGUCCACAAGACAAAAUAGAAAUCCAGUUUUGAAGAUGGAAAGAGAUGCCAAAGGGGGAAAAAAGGCAAAUGAAAAGUCCAAACAACGACCAAUGAAAUAUAUCACGAGAAAUCAGGCACACAAACAGUUGUCAGGACAGGCUGCUUCAAGCAUGGAUGAAAGUACUUCAGAAACAAGAACAAAAAGAUCAAUUAACAGAAAAUAUGGUGCCCUAAAUCCAACUGUUGUUGUGACACCAAUUCAUAAUCUUCAUGCAUUAUGGAACAAAAGGGUAAAAUUAAAUGAGUCACACAAUGCCUAUAUAAAUGGAAGUGAAGGAAGGACUUUGGCCACUGUAAAUAUGGUUAAUCCAUCUGAAGUAGAGCUUACAAGAGACUGUGACAUUUUUGAAAGCAAGUCCGAUAGGAGACCCAUCAAAGCAAAACUGCGUGAUUCUUACAAAUUAAGAAAUAGGACAAUAAAAUCAAGUGAGUCAUUAUCUAAUGUUGAAAACAGAAGCAAAAGAAAUAUGUCAAUAACAAGAAUGAGUAAUUCCCCCGAAAUAGGGGAUACAAGUGACGAUGACAUUUUUGAAAUCAAGACUAAUAGACCCAUGGAAGCGAAGCCGUGUGAUUCUUACAAACUAAGAAGUAGGGCAAUAAAAUCAAAUGAGUCAUUAGAUAAUGUUAAAGGGAAAAAAGGAAGAAAUAGGUCUUUAGCAGAAAUUAGUAAUUCAUCUGAAAUGGAGGAUACAAGUGACAAUGAUAGUUUUGAAAAUAUGUCUAAAAGGAGACCCACAGAAGUGAAUCGUUCUUCAAAAUCAAUCAAAAAAUCUAUCAAAUUGAGUCACUCAGAAGAUGACAGUUUGGAGACUAGAGAGUGUGCCAAAAUUAACAUCAAAAGGAAAAUGAGAAGUCUAAACUACAAACGGUAUGUCAAUAAACAAAAUCAAGCACCAGUAAAUAAGCAAAUUAUUUCAACUACAGAGAAUAUUAACUGUACUGCUGUCACAGCGCCACAGUCUGAAGAAUCUUCAGUCCAGCUUAAACAAAUCCCUUCAAUGAUUAAUAAAGAUUGUAUUUUGUCUGAAACGUUGACAUCAUCCAACUUUGUUCCAACCAACAUGGAAAUCAGAGAAAACAAUACUGAGGAGUUUGCCUUAAGUAAUAUCUGUUGUCCUGAGAGUCAGAAAACUACUGGUGUUAAAAAGCUUCAGACUUCCUUGCAUCCUAAAACAGACAAGUCGACAGUGGGAUUGUAUACUGGCUGUGCUGAGGGGACUACAACAAGUAUGUUGAAAUGCUCUUCAAAAAUAAAUGUCAAAGUUCGAAAAUCUUUGUCACAUCCAAUCAAUGAAGCAGAAUUAAAUCACCACAAUAUUGGAAACAAUGUAUCAAAGUGUAACCAACUUGCUUCACAAAGAAAACCUAAGAAUCAAUUUAAUAGGUUCCUGUCAACUGUUACGGAUGUUUCAGAGACUGAAGUUAUUGGAGAAGAAAAACCGAAAUGUUCAACAAAAUCUUCAAAUAAAAAGACUGUACCUAGGAAAAUAUUAGAUACAGACUUCAGCCCUGAAUUGUAUUCUAGGCCUAGUCAGAAAAAGCAACCAAAACAGCUGAUAUGGCUGCAUUCUCUGGAUACUGAAGCAGAAUUUUGGACUAAGGAAGAACUACAUUGCCUGCACAGAACUGUUGCAGCAUUACCAAAACAUAAACAUGGUUUCUGGGAAGCGGUUGCAGCAUCUGUUGGAACUCAUUCUGCUGAGGAGUGCCAGCAAAAGUACACAUCUGAACAUCAACUGAAAUUGUCCAAAAGACCUGAUGUGAAGCAGAAGAAAAAAUGUUCCAGUAAUAAAAACAAGCAAGAAGAAUCUGUGAAAAUUGUUGCUCAGAUUGGAACACUGAAAAGAAAGCAGCAAGUAAGGUCCUUCCUGGAAUGCUUGCCAAAGGAUGACCAUGAAGAUCUUUUUAAUGAUAUGGUAUUGCAGCAUAAAAGAAUAAAGCUUCCCAGCUUUCCAAGCAAUCAAGAGGAUGAUGAUAACUUCACACUUCAGACAAAUCCAACUACUCCAUCUUCAGUAAUCUUUCCUUUGGCAAAGACACCACAGUGGAAUCACAUCAGUCCUCGAAUGUUGGGACCCACUGAUACUGCUAAUGAUGACAGAUAUGUUUAUCAACUGCAAAGAAAAUGCAAAAAGAAGAAUUGGUCCAAAGUCCAUAAAAAAUUGAAACCAGCAUUUUGUACGUCACCAUCUAGAUCAAAAUCAUCAUGUUUAAAAGAAGGUGCAGAGAGAUCUAAUAUAAGAAAACUUCUCAAGAAUGGAGAAAACCCUCCAUCAGAUGAUGAUAAAGAGGAUGAAGAUUACUACUUUUCAGUUACUGAAUAGGUUUUAAUUUAUAAUAAAGUUAAUCUUCCUGAAGUUGAAGUACCCAAGUUGUGUCCAGAGACUGCAUAAUCUUGUUAAAUUUGGAUGCUGAAAUCACGUUUGUCAUCCUAUUAAAUAUUUCAGAAGUUCAGGUUGCUCUUGUUAAUGGUUUUUAAAUGCAGUGAAAAUGUAUAUAAAUGUAUAAAAAUGCAUUCAGCAAGUUUUAAGUUUUGUAAUGAGUUUAAAUUAUAAAUGAAAUGAUAUUGACUCCAAUUUAAACUUAAUUCCUCAGUCUCUGCUUAGUUCAUGUAUCUAUAGUGACAGUUUUUAGUAUGUGUGCCUGAGUAUUCUAUCAAUGUGCUAUACAUGUAUUGGGAUUCUUCAUGCUGAAUUAGAAGAUGGAUGCAUCUGAACAUUAUGAUGCAUCAUGUGAUGAGCUGUUGCUGCAGUUUCACAGCAUAACCCAUUUUAUUUACAGCUAGAAGGAGCAGCAUGUUUUGAACAGGAUUGUUAAUAAAACAAUUCUCUGUUAAACACCCUAGGAUAUGUUCAUGUGUUAAUAUUUCUUGACUAUAAAAGGGGAAAAGUAGCCAAACCAUUCAUUCCUGAUCUUUAUCAAGUGACUCUUCAUAAGAGUGCAGAUUGUGGAGAAAGUGUAUGAUGUGUAGAUAUUAGUGGAGCAUACAGUCAGAUUCAGUUAUAAUGCCCCAUAUGGAAUAGAUGAUCUGCCAACAUAUUUUACUGCACUCCCACUGGCCAUUAUGCUGUUUUUUUGAAUUAAGUGCAGAGAAGCAUGCUGUAGAAACAGUUUGCAUUUCUUCUAACUGCAGUUUGAACCCAUUUCCCUGAAAGUAACAAGUACCACAAUAAAUUAAUGCAACCAGUUGAGUUGAAGGUGCGCUAACCUCUUAAAGCUCUUUUCUGUAUUCGUUCUUCAUGUGAGAGAAAUCUAAGUCAUUAAUUUUAAAUUAAAAAGUUUCAUUUGCUUAAUAUUUUAUCUAUUGUCCUUUUAUACAUGCUCUGGUAACAAGCACUUUCAAAAAGGAAGGUAACUGAAACGAAUGGUUGCUGAUGGACAUAUAAGCCUCACUAACUUCUGCAAAUUAAAUGGAAGCAAUUGGUGAGGUUAUUGCGAGAAUUUACUGAUUCAGCCCAUUUUUUAAAUACUCUGCACUUUGCAUUGCAUGUAUAACACAUUAACCCCGUGUGCACAGUAAGGUGUUAUAUGGCAGAGUAUUGAAGCCCUAAACAUACUGCUCCACAGUGGUAGGUGAAAUGAGCACUUAAUCCUCCACUCACCCAGUUUAUUUCAUGUUAUUGUUAUGGGGGCACCAAAGAAAUGCUAAGCAAUUGCCCAUGGUGAAAGGAUAAUUGUUCUUAUGUACCUGCCCUGAUCUGUUCCUGAGUGGGAUUAAAGGAUAUUUGAGCUCAUGUCUGCCAGAAGUGCAGUGUAGCACAGAUGGAUGUGAGAAAGGAAAGGGGCUGGAUGAGAAUCUUCUUUUAACAUUGUGAAUAAAGAAUGCUGCAAAGCUCUUAAGACUAGCUGCUUGCAAAUCAUUUCGCCAUGCUAAUUUAGCCCCCAGUGGUCAAUUCUAAUAAUCCAAAUUCACAUUAAACCGGUUAAAAUGAGUCUUAAAGGCGUGUCAUGUUUAGGUUAUGCUGUGUUCCACUUUCAAACGCAUAAAUUGGACUAUUGACAUUUUAUAGAUAGGCUCUAAAGUAAUGUAUGUACAGCAGUAGCUCGUAAAUUUCACCUGCCAUGGAAAAUUAAUUUCAUUUCUUUCAUAUUAUUCAUAUAUCCAAUGAAACCUGCUCCAGCCAGAGUCCAUGUAUAAGAUAAGCCAAAAUAAGGCAAGUUGUUUAACUUUGACAAUGAACACAAGUAUGUACAAAAUAAUAUUGCUUAAAGCAUGUGUAGAUAUUAAAAGGGAGGCGAAGAUGGUUUGGGAUUAAGUAACACCUUCAUAAGGGAGCUAAAAAGAUAUUUGUUAAUAGGAUUAUAGAAAUAAAAGCGCUACUUGAUUUCCCCCCCACCUUGGAUAGUAAAGGGAGAGAUUAAUAUUUCUUCAGAGGGUUGGAUGAAGGAUCCCAUGACCAGAAAGUGAUAUCUGGAGAGUAUAUGGUUAAGCAUCUGAUUUUUAAAAAAUAUAUACUUUUUGGUUUUAUUUAAUUUCAAGUAAUAUAGAUUUAAGAUUUUAAGAAUAGGCUUUUUCCUGAGUACAAAUGGUGGACAAGAUGCCCUCAUCUACACACACCAAGUUGCUACAUAAAUGUUAAUUUACAGAUAUAUAUUUCCUAACAUCCAUAUGUGAAGAAGACUAGCCUGAGGGAAGUAUGCAGAAGAAGCAUCAACUGUUGCAGGUCCUUUUCCCCAUGUCAACUAUGAUAUGAAGUCCUGGCAUUUCAAUGGCUGCAAAAGAAAAUGGCUUUGCAUGAAAGUUGUUUCAUAACAUAACUAUGAUGGUUUCAACUGCUAGUUUUUAGUUUUGACAAAUCAAGGCUGCAAUGUAUAUCAUCUCAUCCUGAAAAACUGUUCAGUUCAGAAAAAAUGUUUUUCUGAUUGGUCUUAGGAACUAUUUCAUUUCAAGAGUCUGAUUAAAAAGUCAACUUUCUGUAAAGGGUCUCUUAACCCUAGUAGAUAAAUUCCAGUUUGUUCUUAUAAAUACAGUUUUUAGAUUUCCUGUAUCUUUCUAUGUAUUUCUGUAAAUAAAGGCAGAACAAAG